CUGUUUUCAUCUCAAAUUCAUCACAUCGCAGUUAGGAAAGUUUGUGUCUUGUUCAUGAGGCAACACCAGCAUAAGUUUGACUCUUAUGUGGAAGGAUCAUUUGAGAAAUACCUUGAACGAAUAGGAGAUCCAAAGGAAAGUGCUGGCCAGCUGGAGAUGAGCGCUUUAUCAGUGAUGUACAAGCGAGACUUUAUUCUAUACCGGUACCCUGGAAAGCCACCUGCUUAUGCUACAGAUAAUGGCUUUGAAGACAAGAUUUUACUGUGUUGUUCCGGCAACUGCCAUUAUGACUCCGUGUAUACAAAGCAAUUCCAGGAAAAUGCUGCUGUUUGCCAGGCUGUAUUAUAUGAGAUCCUGUACAAAGAUGUGUUUGGCAUGGAUGAGGAAGAAUUAAGGUCUGCGGUUGAGGUAUUUCGAAGUGGAUCCAAGAAGAACAGAAACAGUGGCUCUAUAGGAAGUGAGGAUGCAAACUUUGAUUGUCUUCAUGAAAAAGUAUCCAGAAAUCCACCAGAAAAGAGAGUGGACAACUGGGAAGGCAAUGAUACUGGCAAUCCACAGGAAGAUAAGUUCAAACAAGGCAUUGGAGAAGAAAAGCCUCCAGAAAAUCCAUCAAAGAUGCCUGUUCCUUAUAAAGUGCUAAAGGCACUGGACCCUGAGAUCUAUCGAAAUGUGGAGUUUGAUGUUUGGCUGGACAGCAGAAAAGAGCUUCAAAAAACUGACUACAUGGUGUUUGCUGGGAGACAGUACUAUUUAGGAGACAAGUGUCAGGUACGUCUGGAGUCUGGAGGUAAGUAUUACAAUGCUCAUAUCCAGGAGGUUGGACAGGAUGGCAACACGUUGACUGUAUUCGUUGAAGAGCUGGCAGAAAAGCAUACAGUUCCUUUGGCAAACCUAAAACCAGUGACACAAGUGGCACCUGUCCUUGCUUGGAAUGUGAUUCCCAGCCGAAAAGGAGGAACCUAUCAGAAAAUAACAGGUGGAUACUACUCAGGAAUAGAAAUGGAUAUGAAAACACGGAAGAGAAUGCUUAAGAAAGUUCGUGGAAAGGAAGUGUUUAUGACUGUGGCUUAUAGCAGGGGUCAGCCAGUUCUUCCACCCCGGCUACAGCACAGUAUUCCUUCGGGGCGCUCUCCUCCAGUUCACUGCUCACAGGGUGGUGGAAACAUGGCACCUUAUGAACCCUAUCAUCCUCAGAGACAUAACCGUGGAUUUGGGAUGCCAAGGGGAUCUGCCCGAUUUAUAAACAGGCACCACAUGGUUGGCCCUCAAAUAGCAUUCUACCCCAGUCCAGGAAAGAGAUGCUAUCAGAGCUAUGACAAUUUCUCCUGCAGGUCCUGCUCGUACAGCCGAAGCCGCCGUCAGAUGCAGUGUGUGAAUAAGGAAUGUCAGUAUGGGUUUGUUCCUGGGAACGGAGAGGAGCCUCAAGCACCAGAAGAAACUAUAACUUUCUAUGAAAUUGAAGGAGAGGAUGACACUGCUUUUCCUACUUUACCAAGCCAGGGUACCCCUGCUCCCAUUGUCCAUGGUCCAGCAGGAUUUUGGGUAGCAAGGAGGGGCCCAAACUCUGUUCCACCUAACAAGCAGACCCUGAAUUCCUCAGAGGAGGAAGAAGAAACCAGUGAAAAUGAAAAAGAAUAUAUCUAUGCACCUCCAGCAGUUUCCUCUUCGGUGCCGUUCCCAAUGUAUUCAGCUCCUCUUCCUCCAAUCAGUGAGGUGGGAGAAGCUGGUGCCGUUCUUCCACCUUACUCUUGUGAUCCCAGUGGCAGUGAUCUGCCUCGAG